CCGUGCUUCAUUAGCAAUAACACUCCGUUUCCAUGGUGACUGCCACACCCUCCCCCGGCUCCUGCUGCCUGUCUCUCUUUUCUGUUUUCUUCCAUCAUGGCUCCUGCAGCAGACAGGCCCGGUUACUGGGGCCGGCCUACCUCCACCCUGGACUGGUGUGAGGAGAACUACAGCGUCUCCUUCUACAUCGCAGAAUUCUGGAAUACUGUGAGUAACCUGAUUCUGAUUCUACCUCCAAUCUAUGGUGCCAUCCAGACUCUCCGAGACGGCCUUGAAACCCGCUACGUCUUUGCGUAUGUGGGACUGGCAGCGGUUGGCAUCGGGUCCUGGUGCUUUCACAUGACCCUGCAGUAUGAGAUGCAGUUGCUAGAUGAAUUGCCAAUGAUCUACAGCUGCU